AAAACCCUUCAUACAAAUUCUGCAUUUCCAAUUUUCUUGCAAUUCACAUUUUCCAUAGUCUUAUCAACUGAGAUGAUGAGUCGCGGAACAACAACUGUCGUCCGAUCCGCACGGUUAUCUGAAAAGGCGGUGGCGACGUGGUGGAUUAGGUCGUAUUCAGUGGCUGGUGGUCGCAAUGCGAGUACGAUGAUGUUGGGGGAGAAAGAACAGCCGGAUAAUAAGGAGACGGUGGCCGGCGGUGAGAAAGAGAAAGAGGUGGUGAGUUAUUGGGGAGUGCAACCGUCGAAAGUUACGAAAGAAGAUGGUACUGAGUGGAAGUGGAAUUGUUUUAGGCCAUGGGAGACGUAUCAAGCGAAUAUGUCGAUUGAUUUGAAGAAGCAUCAUGUUCCGAAGACGUUUUUGGAUAAGUUUGCGUACUGGACUGUUAAGUCGCUCCGGUUGCCUACCGAUAUUUUCUUUCAGAGGCGAUACGGUUGUCGUGCAAUGAUGCUUGAAACCGUGGCUGCGGUUCCUGGAAUGGUUGGAGGGAUGCUUCUUCACUGUAAAUCACUAAGGCGGUUCGAGCACAGUGGUGGGUGGAUCAAAGCGCUGUUAGAAGAGGCUGAGAAUGAGAGAAUGCACUUAAUGACUUUCAUGGAGGUUGCUAAGCCGAAAUGGUAUGAGCGCGCUCUUGUGUUCACUGUUCAGGGCAUAUUCUUCAAUGCCUACUUUCUUGCGUACCUUGCUUCGCCUAAGCUGGCUCACCGGAUCACUGGGUACCUUGAGGAAGAAGCAAUCCACUCGUACACUGAGUUCUUGAAGGAGCUUGACAAAGGCAACAUAGAAAAUGUUAAGGCGCCAGCCAUUGCUAUUGACUAUUGGCGUCUUCCAGCUGAUUCGACGCUUCGUGAUGUUGUUAUGGUUGUGAGAGCAGAUGAGGCCCAUCAUCGUGAUGUUAAUCACUUUGCUUCGGACAUACAUUACCAAGGACUCGAGCUUAAGGAUUCUCCGGCUCCAAUCGGAUAUCACUGAAGAAGAAAAUCAGUCUUUUAUGCGUAAUAAAGUUGGUUUUUGUCUAUGGGUGUUGUACCUGCCUCUAUUUCCAUGAGAUUCGUCUUUGGGUGUUUACGCAGAAAUUCUUUAGCAUUGUCUACCAAUCUGGCUAGACAGUGAAUCGUCAUCGAGUUCAUCUCUCAGCUGACUAAGGCUAUGAUCGAUUAGAUAUUCUUCACGAGGCCCCUUAAAAACUUUUGGUUAUCUAUGACUUUAAGGAGAGAGAUGACCUUUGAAUCCAAAGAACUUGAGUAACUAAGAUUGAGCCGUGACAUGAGAUUCUGUUUGAUAUUGGUAAUGACAGUUAUAUUUCUCGUAUUUAUAAA